UUCGAAUCCGACGCGUCGCCUCGUUCUCCAGACUCCAGCUCUGAAACACCCUUGAUCAAAGGAGAAACGGCAACCCCACAGGUUUGGGGAUGACCGCGCUAACCGUCGCGCGGAGUAAUUGGGGAUCAACUGUACCCGCUUCUCGCGUUCAGAUUUAAAAAAAUGAGCGCAACCACCUGACUGCCACUGGCCAGUAGCAGAUAAAGCCCCAUCAGUGGCUUUCCCUUUCCCGCUCCAACCUUCACUAUGGCUCCUCUAACUGUGACUACCGAUCGUCGAAAAGCUUUGGCAGGGCAGUCAGGAUGGUCGGGAUUGGUAAAAAACCGCAGGGUCUUUGUCACUGCUGUAUUUGCUUCACUGGGUGGAUUACUUUACGGUUAUAACCAGGGUGUGUUUUCUGGGGUACUCCCCAUGAAAUCGUUCGUCAACAGGAUGGGAGAUGCCGCAACGAAUGACAGCAAGAAAGGUUGGCUUGUUGCCAUACUUGAAUUGGGGGCGUGGUUUGGAGUUCUUCUCACCGGUUAUCUGGCCGACAAGUUAUCGCGGAAGUACACCAUCUUCUUAGCCGUUGUCGUCUUUUGCGUUGGAGUGAUUGUUCAGACCACUGCAAAAGCUGCCGAUUCUAUUUACGGUGGCCGUUUUGUAACCGGUCUCGGCGUUGGUUCUCUCAGCAUGUGUGUUCCUCUCUACAAUGCAGAGCUUGCGCCUCCCGAAGUGAGAGGGAGUCUUGUUGCCCUUCAACAACUCGCUAUCACGUUCGGGAUCAUGAUCUCAUUCUGGAUAGAUUAUGGAACAAACUUCAUCGGCGGAACCGGAGACACGCAGCACGAAGCCGCUUGGAGAAUUCCUUUGGCUCUCCAGCUCGUUCCUGCCGUCGUACUUGGAGCUGGAAUCUUGUUCAUGCCCUUUUCCCCUAGGUGGCUUGUCAAUCAAGGACGGGAAGACGAAGCUCUUGUCGUUCUUUCCAAGGCUCGCCGCCUUCCACCUGACAACGAAUUGGUCCAAAUCGAAUUUUUGGAGAUCAAAGCACAACAUCUUUUCGAAAAAGAAACUUCGGAAGCUCGAUUUCCUCAAUACCAGGAUGGCACCUUCGCUUCAAACUUUAAACUCGGCCUUCAUGGAUAUCUCAGUCUCAUCACUAAUAAGGCUUUGUUCUGGCGAAUUGCAGUCGGGUCCUUAACCAUGUUUUUCCAACAAUGGACGGGUGUCAAUGCCGUUCUUUACUAUGCGCCAUCGAUAUUCCAGUCUCUCGGGUUGACCGGUACUACAAUAUCACUCCUAGCGACUGGAGUCGUUGGUAUUGCAAUGUUCCUGGCCACGAUCCCGGCUGUAAUUUGGGUCGACCAACUUGGACGUAAACCAGUUUUAGUCUCCGGUGCAUUCCUCAUGGCUGCUUGUCACUUCAUUAUUGCGGCGCUAAGUGGUAGCUUUGAAAAGUCUUGGGACAGCCACGUCGCUGCGGGUUGGGUUGCGUGUGCUCUGGUUUGGCUAUUCGCUAUUGGUUUCGGCUACAGUUGGGGACCUUGUGCGUGGAUCAUUGUGGCGGAAAUUUAUCCUUUGAGUGUCAGAGGGAAGGGGCUAUCCAUCGCUGCUUCGUCAAACUGGAUGAACAACUUCAUCGUUGGUCAAGUAACACCAUCCAUGAUCAAGAAUAUCAGAUACGGUACCUUUAUAUUUUUUGGGGCCUUUUCUUUGCUUGGGGGUCUAUUCAUUCUCUUCUUCGUUCCGGAAACCAAAGGUGUCUCCCUCGAGGAAAUGGAAGAGGUAUUCGGUGGUAACACUGGGCUCGCGCGUGAAGAUCAACAACGCCUCGAUACCAUCAAUGCACGCCUGGGACUUGUUCAGAAUGUGGAGGAGGAUAAAGGGUCCCUUGAGAAAGCUUGAAUCGAGAACCUUCAUUUCGUAGUGCGGAUCUCGAGUUUCGAUCAGUUUCAUUUCACGUUUACGAUUGUAGCCUAUGAAGACUGUUUUUUUUUCUCGUCCUAAUUUAAGUAAUCUAGGGCAGAUGUCAGUCAUGAAUUGCCCACAUGAGCAUGAAUGGACCUCUGGCCCGAAUUUGACGAGGGGGG